CGUAACCUAAUACUUUAAAUAUCUCUAGUUACACAAGCCCUAUUCUUUUUAUUCUAAUUUCUUAGCCGCUUUACCUUUAGAUCUAAUCAUAAUGGCCGGUAAAGGAGAAGGACCGGCUAUCGGUAUUGAUCUAGGCACCACCUACUCAUGUGUCGGUGUGUGGCAACAUGAUAGAGUGGAAAUCAUAGCCAACGAUCAAGGGAACAGAACGACGCCGUCUUAUGUUGCCUUUACCGACACCGAGCGUUUGAUCGGCGAUGCUGCUAAGAACCAGGUCGCCAUGAACCCAAUCAACACCGUUUUUGAUGCUAAACGUUUGAUUGGUAGGAGAUUUAGUGAUGCUUCGGUCCAGGGUGAUAUUAAGCACUGGCCCUUCAAGGUUACUCCUGGUGCUGGCGACAAGCCCAUGAUUUCAGUAAACUAUAAAGGUGAAGAGAAACAAUUUUCCGCUGAAGAAAUUUCUUCAAUGGUUCUUAUCAAGAUGCGUGAGAUCGCUGAAGCUUACCUUGGCACCACUAUCAAGAAUGCUGUGGUCACAGUCCCUGCUUACUUCAACGACUCUCAAAGGCAGGCUACUAAGGAUGCUGGUGUUAUUGCUGGUCUGAAUGUGAUGCGUAUUAUCAACGAGCCCACCGCUGCUGCCAUUGCUUAUGGUCUUGAUAAGAAGGCGACCAGCGUGGGUGAGAAGAACGUGUUGAUUUUUGAUUUGGGUGUCCUUGUUGGUGGUUCCACUAGGAUUCCCAAGGUGCAGCAGCUUUUGCAAGACUUCUUCAAUGGGAAAGAGCUCUGCAAGAGCAUCAACCCCGACGAGGCUGUUGCUUAUGGUGCUUCUGUUCAGGCUGCUAUCUUGAGUGGCGAAGGGAAUGAGAAGGUGCAGGAUCUGCUUCUUCUUGAUGUUACUCCUUUGUCGCUUGGACUGGAAACUGCUGGAGGUGUCAUGACUGUCUUGAUCCCAAGAAACACCACCAUUCCCACCAAGAAGGAGCAAGUUUUCUCUACUUACUCUGACAAUCAACCUGGUGUGCUCAUCCAAGUUUAUGAGGGUGAGAGGACAAGAACGAGGGACAACAACUUGCUUGGUAAAUUCGAGCUCUCUGGCAUUCCUCCUGCACCCAGGGGUGUUCCUCAGAUCACUGUCUGCUUUGAUAUUGAUGCAAACGGUAUCUUGAAUGUGUCGGCUGAGGACAAGACCACAGGACAGAAGAAUAAGAUUACAAUCACAAAUGAUAAGGGUAGGUUGUCAAAGGAAGACAUUGAGAAGAUGGUCCAGGAGGCCGAGAAGUACAAGUCAGAAGAUGAGGAGCACAAGAAGAAGGUUGAGUCCAAGAACUCUUUGGAGAACUAUGCCUACAACAUGAGGAACACUGUUAAGGAUGAGAAGAUCAGCUCCAAGCUGGGUGCAGAUGACAAGAAGAAAAUUGAGGAUGCGAUUGACCAGGCUAUCCAGUGGCUAGACAGCAACCAGCUUGCAGAAGCAGAUGAGUUUGAGGACAAGAUGAAGGAACUUGAGAGCAUCUGCAAUCCUAUCAUUGCUAAGAUGUAUCAAGGUGCUGGAGCUGAUAUGGGUGGUGGCAUGGAAGAAGAUGCUCCUCCAGCUGGCAGCGGCGGUGCAGGUCCUAAGAUUGAGGAAGUUGAUUAAGUUGGCUGAUGGCCUAUGCGGAUCCCUGUUUGUUUUCUGGGAUGUUUAUCUUUUUACUUUCCAUAGCUAUUUAGGUUUAUGAUUUUGUCGUCCUCUUGAGAAUGGCAUUUCCGGAAGUUUAUUACAUCUUUUGACUUUUUGUUGCUCUAUUGAAACAGCAAAUAGCAAUUGAAAUUCUGGGGAUUUUACUUUGUGGCGAUUUA